AUGAUUUUAUAACCUUCAGAAUGCAAACCUUGUGUCUUGGUAAACAACUACAUUUUACAAAUUUGUCGCAAUAAUUAUGUUUUUGUGGGUGUAGUUAUUUGCUACGAGUGUAGAACAUUUAUUCGAAAACAAUUCACCCUCAUCAUCUUUCGUGAUCAAAAAUACAGAAAUGAUUCGUGGAUGUGUGACAUUCUGUUAAAUUUUGGACACAAACGUUGCUCGCUGGAGUUCUAUUUUCUCAGUAUUUGGUUCGCCGGUUAGUAGCUGUUUCAAAUUUCACGACCAAAAAUAUGUUCGUGUAAAUUACUGAUGCUUUUGUGAUAAUUCGUCUUUCACUAUGGCUAUCAAAGCAGACACAGAUUACUACGAAUUUGCUUCAACUUCCAAACCAACUCCACAUCUUAGUUUAGAAAUAACUAAUCACAAACCUAAAAAAAUGAUACCUUUUUACAGAGUAAAAAGCUCUUUAAAUUCAGGAAAAAUAAUGAAGCCGAAAUGUUCGUCUUUGAAUUGGUUUAGUAAAUCUCUCAUCAUGCAUUUACAGAAACCAGAAUUCUUACAUUCUCAUUGUGUAUUGAAGAAAAACAAUUACUGCGGUCGAAAUAAUGCAUUUGCUGACGAUGACAGCGAAAUGAAUGAAAUAAUAGAGAACGUUCGUCUUAAACGAAAGUUUCAAGAUUUCAACAAUAGUAAGUUUUCCAUGGACCAAAACGUAAUUAUGGAUGAUAAUAUGCUGUCUACUACCGAUAUCGAAUCAGACUCUUCUGUCGAACAUUUUAGUCCUCGAUUCAACUCUCCUAUCGAUCAGAAUUCUAGCCAAUCCAGCAAAUCACAGAGUUCCAUCGAAGACCUUAACAAAGAGAUUGAAAAAUUAUUCCUAAACAACUCGGAGAAAUACGGAUUUUCUUCGUUUGUGUGGGACCAAGGGGAAAUAGCCGAAGGUAGACGUGCCCCCAUUUCUGAUAUGCUUACUUCGUAUAAAGCUCAGAAUCACAAGAAAAAGAGACGUUCCGCUACUGCGUUAGGAAUUCGUAAUUAUAAAGAAACUGAUAGUAGCAACGGUAAUUCAUCUCAAGAUGAAAUCUCUGGCUGUGAAGAAGCGGACUUUAUCCAAAAACUAACUCCUCCCAUCAUUGUGCCAGUUCCUGUUGGAAAAUCUAGCGUGGAUCAGCUCGACUGUACCAGAUUGAAUAUUCCUUUUAGCGGUACACAGCUACGUCUCAGCGAAGAUUCUGCAUUUGCACCUAUUAAAUCUACUCAAAGAUCACAAUCAACUCCUCUGCAAGACACCAUCGAUGUUAUCGAAGAUCACGAAGAAAAGAUUUUCUAACGUGGGACUACGAUAUGAAUAAUUUUAGUUGUUUCAUAGAAUCAGACAUUCCAAAUUGUUUAGCUUUAACUUAAUGAUCUCUUACGUUGAAAAGCUUUACAUUUACAAGUAUUUUUGGUAUUAUUUUUCUUUUUUUAAUUGUUAUUUUGUUUUCCUUUUCUAAUUUAUAUUCGUUCUUAUUUCUUCGAGUUCGUUAAAUUAUAUCGUUUACUAUAUUGUAUUAUCAAUCUAUCAUUAUAACAUUACGUUUACUUUUUUCACUUGAAAUAAACGUGCUUAUAGAAAAUCA